CCCCUGGCCGUAUAAAAGCUCCUGGCUCUCACAGACCCAUCAUGAUCAAAUCAUGGCCUUCCUUUGGAUCCUCUCCUGCCUCGCCUUCGUCGGCGCCGCCUACGGUUGCGGCUCUCCCGCCAUCCCUCCCGUCAUCACCGGGUACUCUCGUAUCGUGAACGGUGAGGAGGCGCUGCCCCACUCCUGGCCCUGGCAGGUGUCCCUCCAGGACUACACCGGCUUCCACUUCUGCGGCGGCUCUCUGGUCAACGAGAACUGGGUCGUGACUGCUGCUCACUGCAACGUCAGGACGUCCCACCGCGUGAUCCUCGGAGAACACGACCGCUCUUCCAAUGCUGAGGACAUCCAGGUCAUGAAGGUUGCCAAGGUGUUCAAGCACCCCCGCUACAACGGCUACACCAUCAACAAUGACAUCCUGCUGAUCAAGCUGGCCACCCCCGCCCAGAUGAACAUGCGCGUGUCCCCCGUGUGCGUGGCCGAGACCGGAGACAACUUCGCCGGAGGCAUGAAGUGUGUGACCAGCGGCUGGGGCCUGACCCGCCACAACGCUCCCGACACCCCCGCCCUGCUGCAGCAGGCCGCCCUCCCCCUGCUCACCAAUGACAACUGUCGUCGUUUCUGGGGCAACAAGAUCAGCAAUCUGAUGAUCUGCGCCGGAGCCUCCGGAGCCUCCUCCUGCAUGGGCGACUCUGGCGGCCCCCUGGUCUGUCAGAAGGCCGGUGCCUGGACUUUGGUGGGUAUCGUGUCCUGGGGAAGUGGAACCUGCACUCCCACCAUGCCCGGCGUGUACGCCCGCGUGACCGAGCUCCGUGCCUGGAUGGACCAGACCAUCGCUGCCAACUAAGCGCGUCUGAACGGACAGCAGUCGGUUUCAACCUGAUCAUCAAUAAAUGACAGAAACAAAAA